AUGAAAGAAAGAAAGUUUCCUACUUGUCCAGGAAAACCAGACGUUUAUUAUGCACACAACAUUUUAUUUGAUGGAAAUAGCAUUCUUUUUCAAUAUGCUGGUGAUAUCAAAAUUAUAAUAAUUUUGGAUUUUGGCACAAAAAUCAAAGAGCGAGCUAAAUGGGAAAAGGAACUACUCAGAAACAAAACUUUAGCUCAAAAAAGCAAACAUUAA